AUGUUUAACCCCUUCUAUUGUCUUUUCGAAUACUCCGCACAUGAUAAUUAUACCCUGCAAAUUAAUCCUCAUUCGGGCGUUAAUCCGGAGCAUCUGAACUACUUCAAGUUCAUUGGACGUGUUGUUGGAUUGGCCAUUUUCCACCGCCGUUUCCUUGAUUCAUUCUUUAUUGGAGCGUUCUACAAGAUGAUGCUCCGGAAGAAGGUGUCGUUGCAAGAUAUGGAGGGUGUUGACGAAGAUCUGCACCGCAACCUGACUUGGACCUUGGAUAACGAUAUCGAGGGCAUUAUAGAGUUGACGUUCGCCGUUGACGACGAGAAGUUCGGAGAGCGCCGUACGAUCGAUCUCAAGCCGGGCGGUCGGGAUAUUCCUGUUACCAACGAAAACAAGGGAGAAUACGUUGAGUUGGUCACCGAGUGGAAGAUUGUGAAACGGGUUGAGGAACAAUUCAACGCCUUCAUGUCAGGCUUCAAUGAGCUGAUCCCUGCCGAUUUGGUCAACGUCUUCGACGAGCGUGAACUGGAACUGCUGAUUGGAGGUAUUGCGGACAUUGACGUUGAUGACUGGAAGAAGCACACCGACUACCGUGGCUACCAGGAGUCGGAUGAGGUGAUCCAGAACUUCUGGAAGAUCGUCCGCACCUGGGAUGCGGAACAGAAGUCCCGUCUGCUUCAGUUCACUACUGGUACAUCCCGUAUCCCGGUCAACGGGUUCAAAGACCUGCAAGGUUCCGACGGACCGAGACGGUUCACUAUCGAGAAGUCCGGCGAUCCGGGGGCGCUGCCCAAAUCCCACACAUGCUUCAACCGGCUCGAUCUUCCUCCGUAUAAGACUAAUGAUGUGUUGGAGCAUAAACUCUCGAUUGCAGUGGAGGAGACAUUAGGUUUCGGACAGGAGUAG